AAUUAUAUUGCAUCUAAAAAAUGGCUGGUUGGCUAAGAAACGUUGGCUCGAAAAUCGGGGGAGUUGUGAAGGCUAUCGACCUCUACGGAAAGCGUAUUACUCUCAAUUAUAAAGGAGAGGACAAGUUCAAGACUAUGUUCGGUGGAUCUGUGAGCAUAUAAUCGUGCUGAUAGUACUUCUUGGCUAUGCUGCCUACAUGGUUGAAGUAAUGUUUGCUCGAAGAACAGUAGUUUAUAGCACCAAUAGUGUCAUUAGAGAUCUCACGAAAGAUGACUUAGAGCAUCAUCCAGCUGAGCAUGGCUUUGCUAUUGCCUUUGGGUUCAGAUUCAAUAAUGUUAGUCUUCUUGACGAAGAAUAUCUGAGAAUGUAUAAAAUUAGAGCUUACCAAUACCAUUCUAUUGUGAAACCAGAAGGUGGAUGGAACGAGACUUGGACAGAGCUCGAGCUGAUUAAAUGUGGAGAUACCUUCCCUUAUCAAAAUAAAACGUUGCUCAAACAAUUCUCUAUUGAUCAAUAUGUUUGAAUCAAACCUACAAACUAUUCCAUCGUUGGGAACUGGUAUACCGAUAUUUCAAAAUCUAUCCAAAUUGAAAUAUCUAGAUGAGACACAGAUGAAAGAGAAUGAGAUGAAGAAGCUGACAUCAAUUACCAUAUUUAUAACCAGUAUUUUGAAAUAUUGAUGAUCAAUAGUUACUUUGAUUUGAAAAGCUUCAGUGAGCCGAUUAAAAACUAUCUCACUCAAAAGUUCUAUUACACUUAUCAAGAAGGUACCUUUCUCAACACAGAUAUCUUCUUGAAAGAAAAUACCAUUAAUGCUCUGGAUGACUACACCCUAGUUGAUGGAAGGAAAGAUGGAACGUUCUAUGCUGUUGCUGAAGAGAAAUCUGAUAAAUAUACUGAUUGGUCAGGAAUGUAUUCAAGAAUAUCUUUGUACCUAGACCCAGAAUCAGACACAUACACCAGAGCUGUUUUCACUCUUACAGACAUCCUAGCUAGCAUUGGAGGUAUUUUCAGCCUUCUUCAGUCUUUGGCUGCAGUAAUUGUUGCUUUUUAUGCUGACCGAGUCUAUAACUUUUCGGUAAUUUCCAAAAUUUACACUUUUGAUGAAAACGAAUUGAGUGAAGAUCCAGAUGAAAAUUUGAAUAAAAUAGAUGAAGGUUCUCAAAAACCAAUCAAUGUUGAAGGAGAAAAUAUCUACCAAAACUCUCACCCGGAUGAAUUCUUCUCUGAAGAAGACAAGAAGGGUGACAGUGAAGAGGACGAAGGAGGGGCACCAGAAGAUCCAGCCAAGCCUGUCAACCAAAAAUCAUAUAUUUAGCUCUGAGCAAGAAAAUUCACUAAGGAAGAAGUUAAGAGCAAAGAGAAGGUAUGCUCAUACAUCCCUUGAUCUCCUAUAUAAUUUAUUCUGAGUGAUCAAGUGAAAGAAAUGGUGCAGGAAUCGGUACAUGAACUCCAAAAUAUACAACAAAGGUCUUCAGAGAUAUUCCCAUGACUUAGAUGCAACAAAUAUUGCUUUAAAUUUGCAUCAGUUGAAUAUUUUUAUGAAUGUACUCUUCACCGACAGGCAAAGGAUUCUAUCUAAGUUCAGCAGGCUGAGGUCUGUGAAUAAUGAAAGCUGAGUAACAGAGACCAAACUUGACUUUGUGAUGCCUUACAGAUCCAAAAACUUCGACCAAAAGCUUUCAAAGUACCAAGAUGGUACAGAUGAACUUAUAGAAAAUAUUAAAGAAAAUAAGCUCACGGAGCUUGAUAAGAACCUUAUUAAGCAGAUUGACCCAAGCUGGGAAUCAAAAAUGGAAAACACGCCAUUAAACACUUUGUGCAAAAAAGAUCAAGGCUCAGGAGACUCAGCACAGAAAAAGAGAAACAUCACCUCUCCUGAAUACAAGGUUAGCGUCUCAGCAAAAGAUGUCCAUAUUGAGCUGCAGCAGAGACCUCCCAACAAAAACUACAAUGUUUCUUCUUCUUCAUCUUUUAUGAAUGAAGAAGACAUGAUAUCUGCAGAAGUAGACGAUGGUGGAAUCGCAUUUGGCAAUAAGGAGUCUAUCCUAUCAAAGAAGGAAGAGAAGAGAUCUGCUUCAUAUCUUGCCAAAAUCAAUGAAGAUAAAAAUGAAGAGAACAACUAAAUCUAAGUCAAAAAUCAAAUUUCCAAAAGAGCACUUUGGAUAAAAUUCCAAAUUCUUAGUUAUGAAUUUAUUACAAUUGGUUCA